AUGGGCAAAGACUACUAUAAGCUUCUUGGCGUCGACAAGUCGGCGUCAGACGAUGAAAUCAAGAAGGCCUACAAGAAAAUGGCCUUGAAAUGGCAUCCUGACCGCAAUACCAAAAACAAAGAGGAAGCCACUACCAAAUUUAAAGAGAUCUCAGAAGCCUUCGAGGUUCUGAGCGAUAGCAACAAACGUGCGGUCUACGAUCAGUUUGGAGAGGAGGGCCUCAAAGGAGGAGGUGCGGCUCCGGGAGCCGGCGGACCCUCUGGUUUCUCUGGAUUCAGUGGUUUCCCUGGUGCGGGAGGUCCUGGCGGAACAACAUUCACAUUCACUUCCAACGGUCCUGGAGGAUUCGGCGGUGCUGGUGGAGGAUUCAACCCAACAGACCCAGAAGAGAUAUUCAGGCGGAUGUUUGGCGGUGGAGGUUUGUUUGGUGGUAUGGGUGGUAUGGGAGGCAUGGGCGGAAUGGGAGGCGGCCCACGGCGCGGCAGCGCCAGUAUGUUUGCCGACGAAGACGACGACAUGAAUGGCGGUUUUUCAUUUUCAGGGAUGCCCGGGGGCAUGCCUGGCGCCGGCAGAGGGCGACCAACAGCACAGCGGACAAAUUCGCGCCGUCCACCGUCACCAGAAAAGCCAUCAGAAAUCACAAAACCCCUCAAGGUUUCCUUGGAAGACCUCUACAGCGGCACAACGAAGCGUCUCAAAGUUGGCCGACGGUUACUGAACGGCACCACAGAGGAUAAGGUGCUCGAGAUCCAAAUCCAUCCCGGAUGGAAAAGUGGAACAAAGAUUCGUUUCCCCCGCUCAGGCAACGAGCAGCCGUCCGGAGAAUCGCAAGACCUCGUCUUUGUCGUCGAAGAGAAACCACACGCUGUGUUCAAGCGCGAAGGCAACGAUCUACAUGCGAAUGUCAAGAUCCCACUCGUGGAAGCGUUGACAGGCGCGCCAACGCCUACAGGCAAGCUGUCGAAAACACUUGAGAUGCUUGAUGGGCGGAAGCUGCAGAUACCUGUGCCAAUGGGCAUCGUCAAACCUGGCCAGUCAUUAGUGAUACCAGGAGAAGGCAUGCCCAUCCGGAAAGACGGCGUUGCGCAGAAGAAAGGCGACCUGAUAGUCAACUGGGAGGUCACAUUCCCUACCACCCUGACGGCUGCGCAGAAGGAGGGUCUCCGCAAGAUCCUCGCGUAA